AUGGCCGAGAUCACUGAAAAGAACGAGACCACUACCAGUACAGAGGUCAUUACGGAAAAGGCGCCUGCAUAUGACGUGGCCAUUACCGAGGAAACCGAGUAUGUUACUCUUGACGAUGGCUCUCAGUAUCCAGUGCCGACCAAGGAUCAAUGGGGCGUAUUGCGUGAAGUUGCUGAUUCUGUUCCCAAGAGUGGUUACCUGGUCAUUCUGAUCGAGUUUUGCGAACGCUUUACAUACUAUGGUUUGAGUGGCCCCUUCCAGAAUUACAUUCAACAGCCACCGCCACCAUCAUACCCUGCUGAAACUCCAGGUGCCUUGGGCCGUGGUCAGCAGACCGCGACAGCUCUCACCACCUUUUUCCAAUUCUGGUGCUACAUCACUCCAAUUAUUGGUGCUAUCAUUGCUGACCAGUAUCUUGGCAAAUACAACACCAUUGUGGUGUUUGCCUGUAUCUACAUGCUCGGUCUAAUCAUUUUGACGGGAUCUUCUGUACCUGCCUCUAUCGACAGCGGCGGUGCAUUCCCGGGCUUUAUCGUUGCGUUGGUUGUGAUUGGUCUGGGAACUGGCGGUAUUAAGGCCAACGUCUCCCCAUUGGUUGCUGAACAAUACACUGUCUCCAAGGCUUAUGUGCGCGAACAACCCAAGCGGAACUGGCUGGGUCGCAAAACCGGCGAGACCGAACGCGUGAUUGUGACACCCCAGGCUACGUACCAAAGAUUGUUCAGCUACUUUUACAUUGGUAUUAAUGUGGGCUCCUUGUCGGCUAUCUUUACCACCUUGAUGGCCAAGAACAUUGGCUUCUGGUCGGCCUAUCUGCUUCCAACCUGUAUGUUCGUUCCUGGCAUUGCCGUUGUCAUCUUGGGCAAGAAAUGGUAUCGUCAGAACCCGCCUCGUGGCAGUAUCUUUUUGGAAGUGUUCAAGAUUAUCAAGUUGUCGCCAAAGUAUGGUUUGGAAGGCACCAAACCCUCAGUCAUGGCCAAGACCAACCCUGCUCUCGCUGAAAAGAUCACCUGGGAUGAUGUCUUUGUUGACGAAAUGCGCCGUACUUUCAAGGCCUGUAUUGUCUUUUGCUGGUACCCUGUCUACUGGCUUUGCUACUCACAAAUGACCAACAAUUUGGUUUCCAUGAGCGCUACUAUGUUGACCGGCAAUGUCCCCAACGACAUCAUGCAAAACAUCAACCCCUUCACUUUGAUCGUGACAAUUCCUAUCAUGGACCGCAUCUUUUACCCAAUUCUUCGCCACUAUGGUUAUCCCAUGCGUCCUAUGAUUCGUAUCACCUGUGGUUUCUUCUUUGCGGCAAGCGCCAUGGCUUACUGUGCUGGUAUCCAGACCCAUGUGUACAACAGCCCACCUUACUUCGACCACCCCAACGGAAAUGGCAAAAAUCAUGUCUCCGCCGCUCUUGUGAUUCCCGCCUAUGUCUUGGUUGGUAUCUCUGAAGUCUUUGCUUCCAUUACUGGUCUUGAAUAUGCAUACAAGAAGGCGCCCGCCAUGAUGAAGUCACUCGUUAUGGCCCUGUUCUUGUUGACCAACUGUUUCGGUGCUGUUCUCGCGUUCGCGCUGGUUUCCGUGGCAGAAGAUCCCAAACUCAAGUGGAUGUAUACUGGUAUUUCCGCCGCCACCGCUACAUGUUGCAUCCUCUUCUGGUUCUGUCAUCAUAAGCGUGAUGCCUAUGAUGUUGAAGAAGAUGCCAUUCAUCGAAAGAAGGACGAGAUGGACAAAUACAAAGGCAUUGAACAGGAGUAUGAGCCUGAUCAGGAAGCUCGGGGCGAAAAGAACUAAAAAGUUAUAACUACAUAGUAUCAGAUGCUGGACAUGGACUCUCUUCUUCUUUGCAUAUCGACAUACUGCUACUUCUUCUAUUUCAUAUAUUAUAUUUUCUAAUCAG